UGCUCUGGUCCAUGGGGUCACGAAGAGUCGGACACGACUAAACAACAACAGUACUUGUUUUGUGGCAGAGCUGAUGUAGCAAACCACCUUUAGAUCACGGCCCGCGUGACCCAGUAGCGGGUCCAGUGACCACCAGUCGCAAGACCAACGCAGUAUAGCCCGUCUUAGCCACCUGUUCGAAAUAAAAACGUUGCCCCUUUAAGGAGUCGGCACGACCGACGAAGGCGGAGCUACAGUGUAUCCCUUUUUGCUCCUACUCGAACGUUCUGUCCCCAUUCGCACCUUCCCUGACCUUCUGCUGAUCUAACGUUUCGUUCCAUUCACACUUUCCCCCCCUCUCAUUUUCGGCGUUCCGCUGAUCGGACGUUCCAUCCCCAUUCACACUCCCCCAGACCCGGGAGUCCUCGUUUCUAUAGCAAGUUGCCGCUGGGUCGAUUCCGCCAACCGGAGCAGAUGAAAUGAGGCGAUUUUGCAGCGGCAGCCGGUGGCUGGUGUCGGCGGCCUCCCUGGCUCUCGGGUUGGGCUUGGGCGCCAGCUUUUCCAAGAGAGAGAGGCAGCCGAGCCAUCUGGGAGCGGAGGCGGAGGGGCUCCUCUCGCGGCUGCCGGUCGUGCCAGUGGUUGCCGCCGCCACAACUUCGGAUUUGGCUGCCCGAGGCGGCGUUGGCGACUCGGGGGAUCUGGCCAAGUACGGCUUGCCGGGGCUGUCCCUGCUGCGGACCCGGGAGUCCUACGUGCUGUGCUACGACCCGCGGGCUCGUAGCGCCCUCUGGGUGGUGGAGCAGCUAAACCCGGCUACGCUGAGCGGCUCCUCGGACCGCGCUGCCUGCGACUUCCGUUCCGACGACUCGAUUCAUGAGUACCACCGCGCCACCAACGAGGAUUACCGGGGCAGCGGCUUUGACCGGGGACACUUGGCGGCCGCCGCCAACCACCGCUGGAGCCAGAAGGCCAUGGGGGACACGUUCUACUUGAGCAACAUCGCCCCCCAGAAUCCUCACCUGAAUCAGAAUGCUUGGAAUAACUUGGAGAAAUACUGCAGAAGCUUAACUAAAUACAACAAGAAUGUUUAUGUCUGUACGGGACCACUUUUUCUACCCAGGAUGGAGGCAGAUGGGAAGAUGUAUGUGAAAUACCAGGUGAUUGGGAAAAGCCAUGUGGCCGUCCCCACACACUUCUUCAAGGUGCUCAUCCUGGAGAAGUCAAGUGGGGAGAUUGAGUUGCGCUCCUACGUCAUGCCAAACAGCCCCGUCAAUGAUAAGAUCCCUCUGGAGAAUUUCCUGGUCCCCAUCGAGAGCAUCGAGCGGGCCUCCGGCCUCCUCUUCGUCCCCAACAUCCUCAAGAGGACUAGCAAGUUGAAAGCAAUCUCUGCUGGAAGCAACUUGAAAGCAAUCACAGCUGGGAGUACCACCUAAGGAAGUGAUUCCGGAGACCUUGCAAACAGACACUUGCCAGGUGGUAGGAUCUGCCCGAGUAGCCAGUAGGUAUCCUAGCUCCAACAAGCAACUCUUUCUCGCCGCUCUCAAGGAACAGUACCUGCUUCUAAGGACAAGAGGCAGUGAUGGCCACCAACUUGGAUUGCUUUCCUCUGCAUGUGCUGUAAAGGGAAACUAGGGGCAGAUGGGGCUUGUCAAUAUGGGAAGCGAGCCCAUCUAGGAGAAGGAAUCUCUGCUGCCUUGCGGGGUGUCUUCAAGAGAAGAAAAUACUAAGGAGUAAACUCUACACAAAUCCAGAGUGCACCUCCUCCUGGCAACUCCUGCAGCCAAGCUGGUAACAAACAUAUUGCUCUGCUUUCCUUUGGACCACACCAGCGAGGCCGAGACGGGGGUCUUGCCAUCUGGGCAGCCCAGGACCUUCAUAUACACAGCCAGGUGUAUGUGAUCAUUUAUACGUAUAUAUUUUACUUCUAUUAAUUCUUAAUGGUUUAAAAAAUAAUAAAAAUGCAAAAA